AUGUCGCAAAGCAGGAAGCGAAAGAGCAACCCCAAGAUACCCCUUGAGCGGCCUAAAGCUCCCGAGACACCCCUUGAAAAGCCACUUGUCGACAUCUCAGAGUCGGAACAGUGGCGAAUCAUCAAAGAGUCAGGCAUCCUCAAGCAGAUUCCGACUGCCCCAGACGGCACACCCAGAGCAACAGAGGGGAGUGACGAGGAGGGGAAGUUGUCACCAUGUGCAGAAGAGCUCUUCAAUGCAACCAUGCUCAUCAUCCCGAUGUCGUUCAUGUUGUUGCUCAUGGACAUACUAGUGCAUCAUCAAUAUGGAAGACGGCCGGACUAUUGGCAAAUAUUCACCCAAAGGCUGGUACCAGGGAUACCGAUCCUUUCAAUAUUCAUUUUCUACACGCUGACAGCAUACAAAGCCAACCGUUACAAGUCCGUGAAAUGGAUGCAGGCUGCGUUCUUCGUGGUCGCGUGUGUUUCUGGCAGUCGCCUUGUUUGGCUGAUCAAUCGAGGGAAUUGGCUCGUAGUCAUGCAGCAGAGUCCGCCGACGGCUACGGCUUGGAUCUACGGGGUAUUACAGCUUGAUCUGUUACCGUCAGUGGUGAGUUUGGGAGGCGUGGUAGCGUAUAGCUACUGGAAUAGCUGA